UUUCAGAUCAUCAAUGAUGAAAAGAAGGCCUUCGAGCAAGAAAUGAGAUCGCAGCACCAAUCCAGGUAUUUGGCAAAAUCGAGCAUUAGACAUGAAGAUGAGCGGGAUGCUGUGCAAACGAAUUGGAUUAACGAGCCAGAAGGUUCAGAUGUCUUUUUUGUUACAGUUCUUGAUGAAAACUGGUGCUACCAUUGUGCGUCGCCACUAAAACACCUGUCUAAUGAUAUGAGAAAGACAAUCCGGCAGUUCUUACACAUACGAAGAACUACAUACCCACACGUAGCUACCGAAGAAUGUAACAACGCGAGGAACCUUUCCUUACUACAUAAGCAAAAAUGUCGGCAUCGAUAUUGCGAAACAAUUGCACUUGUGGAUCACAACGAAGGUGGAGUGGUGAAGUCUUUUAUUAUAUAA